UUCGCAGGCUGUCAGUAUUCUAUCUUUAUCUGUGAAGACAGUUAAACAAGAAAAUGGCAAGAACCAAGCAGACAGCCCGUAAAUCCACUGGAGGAAAGGCUCCCAGGAAGCAGCUGGCCACCAAGGCUGCCCGUAAGAGCGCCCCAGCCACAGGCGGAGUGAAGAAGCCCCAUCGUUACAGGCCCGGUACCGUGGCUCUCAGGGAGAUCCGUCGUUACCAGAAAUCCACUGAGCUGCUGAUCCGCAAGCUGCCCUUCCAGCGCCUGGUCAGGGAGAUCGCUCAGGACUUCAAGACCGACCUGCGCUUUCAGAGCUCCGCCGUCAUGGCUCUGCAGGAGUCAAGCGAGGCUUACCUGGUCGGCCUCUUCGAGGACACCAACCUGUGCGCCAUCCACGCCAAGAGGGUCACCAUCAUGCCCAAAGACAUCCAGCUGGCCCGCCGUAUCCGUGGCGAGAGGGCUUAAACUGACCUGAACCCCAACGACACACAACGGCUCUUUUAAGAGCCACAUAUAUACUCAGGAGCAACAAGUUUCUGUGUAAUACGAACAUGACUUAUCACAUGUGUCACAAUGAAAUGAGCCGUUAUUCUGCAUCCAAGCCUUAUGUGGUCAAAUACUGAAUUAGCCAAAGCACCCUUAAAAAUACAUGAUCUUACCACAGUUACCAUAUUGCACUGCAUGGGUAAACUAACGUUAAAUAUAGUAAAAUUAUAACUAAACAAAUUCUGCACUGGCAGAACAUUUCAUAACAGAUUAGUUACUUGGAUAACUAAUGCAUUUAUUGCAGCUCAUUAGUAUGCUACAAAUCACGGGAAACACUGAAUUAUCAAUGAGGCAAAUUCUCUUGUGUACACAUGAGUGUUAACUUAGUGUAAUGUCUUAUAUUAAACUAUAGUGGCAGCGUGUUCUUGGAUGUUUGUUUUUGUAAAGUU